AGGUUACGUUUGCGUUCCGCCCGUCCUUCCCUCCGAGCAGCGCGUACUCCUCAGAGCGGACGGACGGCCGCUAGCCGAACCCCGGUGGUGCAGAGCCGACUGAGCCGGGGACUGCGCACCACCUCCGCCCGCAGCGGCCCGCACAAGGGCCCGGGGGGGAGGGAUGGCGUCGCUCGGCGCGGGGCUGCAUGUCACCCGCAGGCGCGGAGCGGGCAGGAGCGCCGUGGUGGAGAGAAGGAACUUGCUCACGGUGUGCAGGUUUUCCGUGAAGACUCUGCUGGACCGCUCCUGUUUUGAGACGAUCGACGACGGAUCUCAAGAGUUCAUUAACUUUGUUUCCAUCCUGGAGCAAAUCCUCAGUCAUCGCCUCAAAGGUCAGACAACUUGGUUCGGCUAUGAGAGUCCUCGGAGUUUCUGGGAUUACUUAAAAGCUGCCUGCAGCAAAGUCCCUCAUAAUUGCAUCCGAAGCAUCGAGAGCAUGGAGAACGUGCGAUCGUCGAGAGCUAAGGGCCGGGCAUGGAUCAGAGUGGUCCUGAUGGAGAAACGAUUAUCAGAAUACAUCUCAUCUGCACUGAAGGACUUAAAAAACACAAGGAGAUUUUACGAGGACGGAGCGAUCCUGCUGGGAGAGGAGGCGGGGCUGCUAGCUGACACACUCAUAGGAAUCAACACCAUCGACUUCAGCUUCUGUCUGAAAGGAGAUACUCUGGAUGGCAGCUGCCCCGCCGUGAUUGACUACACGCCUUACUUGAAGUUCACUCAGAAUGUGGACAGCAUCAGCAGCGACGAGGAGGAGAUGAGGACUUUGGGGAGCAGCGGCAGUGAGGGCAGCACUCCCGACAAGAUGGCCACGGCUGCCUCCAUCUUCACAGAGCAGAGCAACUUGGUCAGCAAGUGCAAGCGCUUCGAGCAGAAGUACCGGAUGGUGAUCGAGCAGAAGGGUUACCUGGAAGAGCUGGUCCGUCUACGAGAAGCCCAGCUGUCAGAGGCUGUGUCUCAUAACAAAGCUCUUCAGCAGAGCCUGGCAGACACACACCUCUCCCACACACUGGAGAAAGAACAGCUUGAGUACAUCGUACUGGAACUACAGGACCAACUGACGGUGCUGAAGAACAAUGAUUUACAGUCCAGGCAAGAGUUGACAGCCCAUCUGACCAAUCAGUGGCCAUCUCCUGUCGCCUUGGAUACCAACGCAGUUGCCUUGGACACACUGCUGUACAGGAAGGGCAGGGGACAGUGGGAGGUGAAGAGUUUCCAGAGUCUGCAGCAGUUGUCUGCAGACAUGAGCCUCUCCCAGACGUCUCUUGAACCGUCACACACCCUGAGUCUGGAGGCCCGGCCGACCGGCACACACUGGCAUCACCCAGGUAAAGAGGAAACUCCAUCCCUAAGAGGUCUGUGUGGCUCCCUGACCUCAGUCGCCAGCUACAAGUCGUUGGGCAGCCUGAAGUCCAACGAGUGUUUGGCCAGUCCUGCAGGAGAGAUCAGCAGUCCCGGCUUCACCCCCUCGUGAGGAACAGAAAGCUACAUGAACGAAUCUCCGCCAGGGCCAGACAAUCCUGGAACUUUUCUAAAGUGAAGAAGUUUUAUAUUGCUUUGUAGACAUUUAGUGUGUGAGAGAGCUUUAACAGAUGGAAGUUGGGUUUACAAGUUGAGAAUCUUGUGUAGCAUCAUGUUCUUUGAAUUGUAUUGAAUCUCAAAAGCAGCUCCAGAUGUUUAAUUUAUGUACUGUUCGGCUAAAGAUCAAAAGGUUCCCCAAGAGAUUUUAGCAAAAUACUAAUGGGCUCGUCGGUCAGUCUCCUGCAGAUGAGAGAGUCCUUUUUAUUAUUUUCUGUGCCAUUGCUGCUGCUAAUGCAUUCAUUUAGUAUUAUCUUUGAUUUAUGAUAAAUGUAACCUCACUUUUGUAACAUUUCGUCAAAUAAUUGCUAUAAUGCCGUGUCACGUUUUGUGUAAGGUGUAAAUGUUUUCAGUUUUUUAUUUGAUUAUGAUGUCAAUGUUGUGCAUAACUCAUGCAAUAUCGUGCAAUAUGUUUUGUUCUCAGGUGUUUAUCGCUUUGAUUAAUAUUUACCAUCCACUUCUAGGUUUACUUUAAAGUUCAGAUUAAUGAGACAAAGACUCCUGUUAUUAUUUGCGUAAUGUCGGUGCACACUGCCAUGCAUUUGUGUGACCAUCAGAAGCUGCUUGCACAAGUUUAGACUGUGUUUUUACUGUGUAUCAGCAGAGAAGCCAGGUCAUCAUUUUGCUUUAAACCUUCAACAUUUUUGAGUGUAUCACAAAUCACAAAUGUAAGCCGGUAAAAAACAAUGUGUGUGAAUACGCUGUAACAUGAUAGACUGUCGAAUUAAAUGCAGGUCUCAAAACCAAA